CGCGGGACAGCUACCACCUGGUCGGGAUCAGCUUCUUCAUCCUGGGGCUGGGCACCCUCCUUCCCUGGAACUUCUUCAUCACCGCCAUCCCGUACUUCCAGGUGCGACUGGUCGGGGCCAGCAACAGCACAACCAGGAUCCUGAGCACCAACCACACAGGCCCGGAGGAUGCCUUCAACUUCAACAAUUGGGUGACGCUGCUGUCCCAGCUGCCCCUGCUGCUCUUCACCCUUCUCAACUCCUUCCUGUACCAGUGCAUCCCGGAGACGGUGCGCAUUCUGGGCAGCCUGCUGGCCAUACUGCUGCUCUUUGCCCUGACGGCAGCGUUGGUCAAGGUGGACAUGAGCCCAGGACCCUUCUUCUCCAUCACCAUGGCCUCCGUCUGCUUCAUCAACUCCUUCAGUGCAGUCCUACAGGGCAGCCUCUUCGGGCAGCUGGGCACCAUGCCCUCCACCUACAGCACUCUCUUCCUCAGCGGCCAGGGCCUGGCUGGGAUCUUUGCUGCCCUUGCCAUGCUCCUGUCCAUGGCCAGUGGCGUGGACGCCCAGACCUCCGCCCUGGGGUACUUUAUCACGCCCUGUGUGGGCAUCCUCAUGUCCAUCAUGUGUUACCUGAGCCUGCCUCACCUGAAGUUUGCCCGCUACUACCUGGCCAAUAAACCAUCCCAGGCCCAAGCUCAGGAGCUGGAGACCAAAGCUGAGCUCCUCCAGUCUGAUGAGAACGGGAUUCCCGAUAGUUCCCAGAAGGUAGCUCUGACCCUGGAUCUUGACCUGGAGAAGGAGCCGGAAUCAGAGCCAGAUGAGCCCCAGAAGUCAGGAAAACCUUCAGUCUUCGUUGUCUUCCAGAAGAUCUGGCUGACAGCGCUGUGCCUUGUGUUGGUCUUCACAGUCACCCUGUCCGUCUUCCCUGCCAUCACAGCUAUGGUGACCAGCUCCACCAGUCCCGGGAAGUGGAGUCAGUUCUUCAACCCCAUCUGCUGCUUCCUCCUCUUCAACAUCAUGGACUGGCUGGGACGGAGCCUGACCUCUUACUUCCUGUGGCCAGAUGAGGACAGCCGGCUGCUGCCCCUGCUGGUCUGCCUGCGGUUCCUGUUCGUGCCCCUCUUCAUGCUGUGCCACGUGCCCCAGAGGUCCCGGCUGCCCACCCUCUUCCCACAGGAUGCCUACUUCAUCACCUUCAUGCUGCUGUUUGCCAUUUCUAAUGGCUACCUGGUGUCCCUCACCAUGUGCUUGGCGCCCAGGCAGGUGCUGCCACACGAGAGGGAGGUGGCUGGUGCCCUCAUGACCUUCUUCCUGGCCCUGGGACUUUCCUGUGGAGCCUCCCUCUCCUUCCUCUUCAAGGCGCUUCUCUGAAGUGGCCCCUCCGGGCUCUUGGGCAGCCUCUUCUCAACGUCUCCUUCUGAAGCUGAGAUCCAGCCCAGGGCGAAUGGCGAGCUUGGCUUAGGCCUCUGCUGGGUGGAGGCCUCUGGGCCUGGGGCUACCAGCAGGGGGCAGGAGCUGCUCUUCAUCCACUUGGAGUGCUGCGGGGAAGAAUUCAUCACCGGUCAUUCUAAUCCUCACCCAGGAAUGGGGGUGACUUGCACAAGACCUCAUGGAAAGGGUGAUGUCUAGAGAAGAGAGGGUGCAGGGCAUGGCCGCUCCCCACCACCAGGUCUGCAUUUGUUCAUCAUCACCAGGAGCAGAGGCAACCAGAGGGUUCAGAGUGGGAGGUGGGGCCAGCCCAGGGCAGGAGCUCCUCGUCCUCCCAGGCCUCAGCGACCCAGGGUAAAAGGUGCCAGGGAAGUUGCGGGGACCUGGAAGAAGAAACAGGUGUUGAGGACCUGAGAGUGCUCAAAGGGCCAGGCUCAGCCUCAAGCAGUGUUUUCAUUGCCAACACUUACUGUCCCCACUCCACAGAGCCCAGCUGGGCCUGGGCCCCAGAGCCACAGCUAGCCUGCAUGUGUGCACUGCACUUUACAGUUUGCAAACCUCUUCCAUACCCACUCUCUCACCGAAGCCUAAUUGAGGCCCUUGAAAGGAGCUGGGCAAGGAUUGUGCUUCCCCCAUUAUACAGGUGAGGAAACUGAGUCCUGGGGAAAGUGACUGGUCCGUGGUAGAGCCGGGAUCCAACCCCAUCUCCCUCCUCCCUGUAGGUGCUGUUCUUCCUGCCCAACACCUGUUUCUGUUUUCCUCAAGGGGUUCGGGGCAGGAGCCCUGGGCACUUACUCCCACUUUUUGCUGUUUCUCCUUCGGACCCUGCUCUUGGGUCUAAUAACAACCCCAUUUAUUUGUAUGAUGCGUUCACCAAGUCUUUAUUUCCGAA